AUGAAUUCAAUAAUAUUUCUAAAAUAAUGUUUAGUAGUUAGUGAUUAUUAGGAGAAGUAUAAAUAAUUAGAAUUGCAUUAUUAAUAAGGUGACACUUUGAAUAUAAAAAUUUAACAUAAUUCUUCGUUAAUUGAAUAUUAUUUUUAAUUUAUCUGUUUGCAAAUGUUCCACUCAUAUUUAAUGCCACAAUUAGGAGGUAUUGCUUAUACAAUAAUAUGAUAGAUCCCAUGAAUUGUAUAAUUUAGGGUCAGAAUGGGAUAGGAGGGUUAUAUUUAGGUAAUAUCGAGAGUGCUGGUAAUGGGAAACUAUUAGGCCAUCAUGAUAUUGGUGCAAUAUUAGCUGUAAUGAGCACCAAAGAUUAUACGUAUGAUGCACAUAUUGCUCAUAAGGUAUAGAGUAUUAUUUAUAGAGUAGUUUAUUAGAGUAGAUGAUGCUGACUUUGUUAAUUUAAGUAAGCAUUUUGAAGAGACAAUCGAUUUUAUAGAUGUAAAUCGAUAGUAAACAAGUGUAUUGGUACAUUGUCAUGCAGGAGUAUCAAGAUCUGCAACUAUUGUGAUUGCUUAUUUAAUGAAAACUUAAAAUAUGUCGUUGGAAUAAGCAUUUAAACAUGUUUAGAAUUAGAGACGCAUUGUUAAUCCAAAUCCUGGUUUCAUGAGAUAACUUAAACAAUAUGAAUAAAAAUUGUAGGGUUCUAAUUCUCUAAGAACAUCAUCAGUGAAAUAGAACGAGAGAUAACACUCAUAAAAUACUCUUCGUCAAAGUUAAUACAUAUAAAAUUCUUCUGAGAGUUACAAUUCUUUACAUUAACAAUAUUAACCUCAUCGCCAAUAUCAGAGUACUUAAGAUUUAAUGAGACAAUCUUAAUAUAAUUAUGAAAGACUUAACUCAAGGUAAUCAUUUAAAUAUUAAAUAUUAUUAGACAAAUGCAUUAUCCCUAUAUGCCAUAACAUUAUUCACCAUAUGUCAGAAAUUACAGUGUACCAUAUGGAUAGAAUUCUUUAAACUUUUCUACUUACAGAUAGGGAUGUUAUUGAU